AUGAAAGCGGAAUUCCAACGCCGCUUGUUUGCACCAGAAUCAUCGCCUCCAUCAUUCAGUUGGUAUACGAAUCCAUUAUUGCGCCACCCCCGCCAAGAAGAGAGGAGUAGUAGGAACUGGCUUCAUCUUCCGGUGGAACUGACUCUUAUCAUCUUCGAGAAACUGGGAGCCAUAGAGGUUCUCACCACUGCCCAGCGAGUGUGUAUGCUCUGGCGGACCAUCUGCAAGGAUCCGUACACGUGGCGCCUGAUCAACAUGCGCGUCGUCGGGGUUCCCAAAUUCAUGGACUACCAAUUGAGUUCGCUGUGCUGCCGUACCAUCGAACGCAGCUGCGGUCUCUUGGUGGACAUAAGUAUUGACUAUUUUGCUGAUGAUGAUCUCCUCACCUACAUCGCUAAUUUUUGUGGAAGUCGUCUCCGACGUUUACGACUUAACCGGUGCUACUACAGCAUAUCAGAAAAAGUGUUGUGUGACUUGGCAAAAAAGUGUCCUUUGCUUAAGGAGCUUGAUAUUAACCAUUGCUAUUGUAUUACCACAAAUUCUUUCGAAUCUUUUGGUCAAGCUUGCCCUCUUCUAAAAACCUUCAAAUUCAACUACUACCUCCAACUUCAUUAUUACAUUUCUUCUAGGCUGCACCGCACCAAUAAUGCAUGUGCAUAUGCUAUUGCACGAAGCAUGCCACAGUUACGCAGUCUCCAACUUCUUGGAAGCACGUUGGAUUAUGAUGGUUUGCAUGCUAUGCUUAACGGUUGUCCACAUCUGGAAUCUCUAGAUCUACGUUAUUGCAUCAACCUUGAUACAACGAGAGAAAUAAUAAUAAAAAUGUUGCAAGGAAGAAUCAUGGAUUUAAGACUUCCAGUUCCAGGUGCAUCAACAAUUGAAUGUUUUCGUUGUUUACUACCUUACGAAGAGGCAAUGAGGAGGUGGAGUUUCAAUACUAUAGUAGUCGAAUGGCACAUGUUUCAAGCUAGGAUCAAGAAUGAAAAAAUAUCCAAACUUGGCUUAGUAGUAAAAUAUGAAGAUGAGGAGGUUUGGGAGGAUAUCGAUAUGAUAUGGGUCACUGUGAAAAAUAAAAGAAGACAUAGGCGAGAGAGUACUAAUAAUUUCAAAGCGCUUCAAAGAUCUCGCCGGAGAAAAAAACACCGCACUGUAUCCAAAAAGAGGAGAAAACAUGGAGAAAAGGCAAGCAAGAUUGACCUAAAAGUAUGUGUUUUGGAGAGGAAUUACAAUUAUUAUUCUGAAGAUUGA